AUGCCUUACCCCCGCCAUGACUUCGAUAUCGAAGUGAAUUGGGAGCCUAAGCAAGAGUCUCCCCUGAUGUGGUUCGACAAGAACGGCGAUUUUUACAAAAAGACCGGUAUCUUCAUGGCUUCCGUGGAGCGAAACGACUGGGCCUACUGGUACAAGUACGAAAUCAGAAUCCAUACCGAUGAUCCCUAUGCGUACACCUUUUACGAUGAGGAGGGUGACAGCUAUGACUUGACGGUGAACUUGCCAAAGUUUAGCGCCAGUACGCACGAUGUCAACUAUAAUUCGAACAAGCCCAAGAUUGUCAGAGUUGUUGGAAAGGCCAUUUGA